CACGCUGAGGUAGAAACGACCACGUUCAAUGUUUUUCCACAGAGCUGACUUAAGCCCUCGUCCCCGAACGAAAUAUCGUGAUUCUGACUAAAAAAAAGUUUGUUUCUUUCGUCGGAGAGGUGGGAAACCAUCACAGCCCCGACCAUGAUCAACACCAUGGAGUGUGCAGUGGAUGCACAAAGCCUAAUUUCGAUAUCUUUACGGAAAAUCCACAACUCUCGUACGCAGAGAGGGGGAAUCAAGCUGCACAAAAACCUGCUGGUCUCCUAUGUGCUGAGGAACGCCAGGCAGGUCUACAUGAACGAGAAGUACGCCGAGAUCUACAGGAUGCAACAGUAUGAGGAGGUUAUGACUGUCUGCAACGAGAUCCAGGAGCUAAACCCGCUCGAUUUGGUGGAGGACUGCGAGGAGCAGACGCUGGACUGCUGCGGCAGCGCGAACGAGUCGCCGAAUCUCUGCGGCGCGCUCUUGCCCGUCAGUCACCAAGCGGCUCCGGUGCAGCACAUCCAGCCUGGCAGCGCCUGCUCGGUGCCCAUACCUCUCCAAAACGAAGAGGUGUGCAAAGCUCCGGAUCCCUCGUUCUACCGAAGCUGUUGUGCGGAAGCCUACCCCGUGUCCAACUGUGACUUUUCGCCAGUAAACAGCAUGCACUGCAACAAAACUACAGUGCUAGAUUUGGACACGCAUGUCGUUACCACAGUAGAGAACGGGUACUUGCAUCAGGACUGUUGCGCUUCGCUCCAGCAGUGCUGCCAGGGCGCACAGAGCCCGGCCAAAAAGCGCAAGCUUGACUUUGGUUACUACGUGUCCGAAAUCGAGGAGGUACCGGAUUUUACGCCGUGCAAGAGAGCCAAAUUCGAGGACUCCUCAUACGCAAACGCGGAGCCCUUGGACACCUCGAACAUUUCCAAUCUCAUCUCGAUCUUCGGCUCGGGGUUUACGGGACUGGUUAGCCGACAAGCGGACUUGGAGCAAGCCUUAAACGGACAGUUCUGUAGCAAACAAGCCCUGGCGAGUUUAGGGGCUUGGACGAGAGCUAUUGUAGCGUUUUGACUCUGUGGUUAAUGAUAAUACAGAUACAUUAUGAAAUUGUACAAAGUAUAGGACAAAUUGACUUUUAUUUUUGCAACAAAGUUAUUUAAGCGUUUUUAUUUGGUUGGUUUUUAGUUUCGUUUUAAUGGGAGAGGCGGACAGUGGUUGUAGCCUACCAUUCGUGAUGUAUCCUUUAAAACAAAUGUCAAUAUUUCAAACGUUUUUAAAGGUUGAAAUAAUCUAACGAAGUUGAAUUUCGUUGCCUUAAACCCAACGCAGACUGCUAGCUGUGGCCACAAACACGGAAAGUCUUUGAAUGUUUUCCUCGUGGAUUGUUUCUCUUUUCACCCUUUCCCAGUUUCCCUCACAAGGAACUUUCACAAAGAUGUAUUGUAAAAUAACAUUAACAACAGAUUGCAAACGGCUGUUCUCGGACAGUAGAUAACACGUUAAGGAGCUGUGUGAUAUCUUAUAACAUUUCAAUGUAACACAGCUACCAGUAGAAAACGCUAUAACAACAAGACUAGCCGAGUUACAGGAAGAGGACUGACUUACACAGACUACAACUGUAAUAUCACACAAGGCAAUCAAGUAGGCUAAUGAAGGUGCAAUAUUUUAACCCUCUCUCUGUCUAGUUUGUUGUUUUCUGUACGAUGAAAGUGGCGAGGACUGCAGCUUUUUGUUGACUGCACUGACCUACAGCUCCAGUUCCUCUGAGGAUGUUUGUAGUUUGCCUAUGCCAGUCUCCUCAUCACGUUGAACGUUGGGGCCAUCAAUUAACACUACAACUCCCAUAAUGCACGCCGUAAUUGAAUCUGCCCAGGUAUUUUUGUUGACUAUUCAGUCUUCAGUGUUAACCAUUUCUCGCCCCCUUACUCUCAGAAAAGUUUAUUAAGCCUUCACAGUAAUUCAUGAUGCCAGCAUUUGCUUGGUUUUGUGGGUUUGAUUUUAUUUUCUACAAACUUAGACCUUUUGUUCUAAAAAGGCGAUCUCAUUAAUUAGCCAUACGUCCUCACAUUAUAUAAGCACUAUGUGUACUGAAUUAAAGACGUUUUCAGACGUAUUCUCCAUAUUUUGUUGGUAUUCUUGUAUUUUUGUGCAUAUUAAAUUGUAUAUCACCGGGUAAAACUGUUUUAGAACGUAAGUUUAAAAUUUAUAACCUUAAUAAAAAA